AUGAGCUCGCGCCCACGUCGUUCAGCAGCCACAAAGGCCAAUGAAGUCAUUUCUGUUCAUGCCAGAUGGGCUGACUCUCCAGAAAGAAGCGAAAGAAGCAUGUCAUCACGGCGAUCUGGUCGCGCCUCAGGCGUGUCCGUCUCCCGAGACGGCCCCUCAUCACCAGGAGGUGACCGUCAUUUGAGUUUGACAGUAAAGGUGCCUUCCAACAGACUACGACAAGCUACACGAGGGGACCGUGGUUUUGAGGGUGGCGAAAUAGUGUCUGGCAAGCGAAAUCGAGGAGCUAAGAAGAGCUACGUGGUUGACUCAAGCCCCGACGAGGACGAAGAAGAAGAGGAGGAGGCGGAGAUUGAGGUGGAAGAAGAGGAUGACGAUGACAUGGAUGUUGAUGCAGAGGGUGAGGAGGAUGCCGAUGGGGAUAUUGAUAUGGACGUCGCUCCUCCGACUAUCACUGUUUCCAAGCCAGUCCGAACAAAGACAGCUCCCCGGGCAUCAGCAGCCAAAGUGAUUCAAGAUGACGAUGAGGAGGACGACGAUGAUCUUAGCGAUCCUGCUGAUAGCCUCGCGGGUGACGAGACCAUGGGCUUUGGUGACGAAACCAUGGCUGAUGAUGGCGAUGAGGACGCUGAAGGUGAGGAGAUUGAGGUCGCAGGGCCUGAAAUGGAUGACGAAGACGAGGAUGAGGAGGAUGAAGAAGAUGAAGAUGAAGAAGACGAUGCUGAAGGAGGUGAAGAUGACGAAGAUGACGAGGAGGGCAAUCCAGAUGAGUCUAUCGACCUUACAAAGAUGACCAAACGUCAAAGGGCUCGGUUUGAGGACGACAAUGCGCACCAGUAUAUGAAGUUAUCGGAUGAGGUCCAAGCCAAGAAGGUCUUCACAGCGGAAGAAUUAUCUAUGCGGCGACAAGAAAUGGCACGACGACGACGCAACUUGAGUGAGAAGCGAAACGAGGAGGUCAAGAUGGAAACCAUCAACAAGCUCCUCAAAAAACAGGCCCCCAAAGUAAACCGCAAGGCAGCUGCAGGCGCUUCUGAAGACGCGAAUAGGCCCCAUCCUGUCUUCGUUCGAUGGAUCAGCAACAAGAACGGGGUCCGGGUGGCAGUUACAGAGGAGAUGCUUGACAGCCCAGCUGGUAAUAUUUUCAAGCCUGCGCCAAAAAUGCCGGCUGGCAAAAUGGUCCAGGAGGUUGCCUGA